AUGGCUGCGGUAGAAGCACCCACGGCGCCAGUUGCAGCUGAAGAUGACGAAGCCUGGCUUUAUGGAGAUGAGAAUAAAGAGGGAGCCCAAACAAAUGGUGACACUACAGAGACAACAGAAGCUUCCAAAGAGGAGAAAAAGGAAGACAGAGAAGCAGGAGAGCUGAGUGGUGAGGAAGAAUCGCAGGAGAAAGAUGAUGAUGAUGAUUCUGACGACGACGUUCAAGUGACCAUUGGUGACAUACAGACGUUUCCACUCAACGAAGCUCCCAGAAACUUAUUUAAAGCACAAGGUGGCUAUCAAAAACCAGCAGGGACAGCAGCUGCAUCCAAGUCCCAGAGUGGAACAACAACCACAGUAAAGGGGGUUGACCUGGAAACUCCAGGAACUAUCAACGGAGUAAACCAGUAUGAAUUUGAUCUGGAUGGACUACAGGCUGAUGAGAAACCCUGGAGAAAACCAGGUGCAGACAUCACAGAUUACUUCAACUACGGCUUCAAUGAAGACUCAUGGCGCUUGUACUGUGAAAAACAAAGACGACACAGAAUGGAUGCUAACCCAGGAUCAGUGACCAGAAUCUAUGUUCAUCAGCCAACAUCUUCUUUGAACAGAAAUGAAAAGAAGGAUGUGUUACAUCCACCAGGUACAGAAACUCCACAGACAGUUCCUGUGAUUGGUUCUCGCGGCAAAACAAAUCCGACACCCCGAAAGAUGGCUGGAACAAUUGAUGUUAUUGGCAGCACAGCAAGAGACUCAAGACGACCAGACUCGUCCUCCAUGGGAGACCCAAUUCCUGUAGCUGGCAGCAGAAAGUCCUAUAACACAUCAGUACCUCCUCCUGGUAUGUCUGUACACCCUACCCAGGGGAUGCCCCCUAUGCCGGACUACUCUAUACCACCUCCAGGCAUGACACUUCCCCCAGGCAUGCAUCCACCUCCAGGACCAGCACCCCCAGGUGUCCCACCAGGUAUUCCUCCACCUGGAUUUCCUCCUGUGGAAUUUGAGGCCUACUACCCGCCCACAGGACAGACAUCUGUAAGUCAUUAUGAUGACAGGAAUUUUUCAUCCCAUACAACUUAUACAUCCAGUUAUAACCAGUCCAAUCCUUGGGAUAACAAUCGUCAAGAAGGUGGUUACAGAUGGGGCAGUGACUACAGUAGGGAGCGCAGUCCUGACAGAUCAGAAUCUGAAUACAGCAGGGAUACUUAUUGGAGAGACCGAAGUGAUCGUGACAGCUACAGAGAUCGUGACCGGUCAAGGUCACGGGAAAGAGAUAGGCCGAGAGAUCACCGCCAUAGAGAUGAAAAGCAUAGAUCAAGAAGGAAACACCGAGAUGAUGAAGAUUCUGACCAUCACCGUUCUAAACACAAGAAAAGUAAGAAAUCUAAGAAAGACAAAGAUGAUGAUGCUUACGACCCAUCUAACCCUAGUCAGGAUGACAUGGCAAAAGGAGAAUAGACAAUGCUGAUGAACGAUAUCAUGUUAUACACAUUACUGGACAGUUACCAAAAGCUCCAUGUCCUAACAGGACAGAUUACAAAAGUUCUAGCUUCAAGUUCUGUUGGAGUUCAUGGUUUGUUUCAAGGAAAUCUGCUCAAAGGAAGUUAUUUCUGUAAUUUUCUGUGAGAAAAUUGACUAUAGUGACAUAGAUACAAAGAUGAUCAGUAAGAUAUCAACAGUUAUACAUUUCCUCUGAAGAAUCACCUGAAGCAUAUUUCUGAAAAUAAUUCAGUUUGUUAAUGUGGGUAAGAAUAUAAUGAGGAAACAAUUUCGUUGUUGUAGCUUUGCAUACUGUAUAAUAUCAAAAUGUUUUACAGUACAUCACAAAAUAUCAUUGAAUAAAUGUGUAAUGCCAA